AUGGACAAAUCAACAGUUAAUGUAAGAUCAUCAAUCAAUUUCUUAAAUAAUAACGAUUAAGAAUAGAGAGAGAAGAUAGAAAUUUAAUUAAUACCAGCAUUAUAGAGUUUUUAAAGUUUUAUAAAGAUGACUAAUGAAUCUCAGAUGGCAUAGAUUGUUGAUUCUUUAAUGGCUAUAGAUUUUUUUAAAAAGAGUUGUCCUGAAGGUUCAAGUUUAAGAGAUUUUAUUAUGCAUGCUGGAAAAGCUUUAACUUAUGAGUAUUAUAAAUAGGGAUAAAUCAUAUUUCAUUAUGGUGAUUAUGGAGAUAAAUUUUUUAUGAUUUUAAAAGGCAAUGUUGGAGUUUUAGUACCUAAAGGAAAUCAUGAUAUAGAAAUGGAUAGGGAUUUUCUUUUUGAGACUAAUAAAAAUGAACCUUGGAGUUAUGCUUGGAAAGGUAGAAAAUUAUAGAGUACAAUUGAUAUGGAAUUGUUAUUGGCUUAAGGAGAAGAUCCUUGGGUAUUAUCAAAUCGAUAUUUCGAAGGAGGUGUCUGUUUGUAUUAAAAGGUAUUUCAUAUAUUUAAAUAUAAUAAGAUUUAUACAUAUUAUGGAGGAUAAACAUUUGGAGAUGUAUCUUUAUAUACAGAUAAACCAAGAACUGCAAGCAUAUUAGUAUUAUCUGAAGAUAUUCAUGUGAUUACAAUGAAUAAGAGUGAGUAUAAAUAAAUUUGUGAGAAAUCACUUUAGGAUAUGAAUAACAAUGUUGAAUAUUUUAUGAGAAUGUUACCAAAUAAUAGCAAAUUUGUCAUCACAAAAUUUAUGUAGUAUAUGCAUAAAAUUGAAUUUGCACCUUAAAGUAUAUUAUGGAAGGAAGGGGAAGAAUCUAAAUUUUUUAUGUUAAUAUUCAAAGGGAGAGUGGAAUUGAUUAAAAAGAUUGGGAAAGUGAGAAUAACAUUAUGUUAAUUAAGUGACAACAGUUGGGUUGGAUAAGAAGAAAUAUGUAUAAUAAAUAAUAUAAAACUGUUUUAGUUGAUCAAUCAAUAAGAUAAUCAACUUGUUAAUGUGCUGAUAAUACAGUUGCUUAUUAUAUAUAGAUUGAUGAAUUCAAUCAGAUUAGAAGAAACUUUCCAGAAAUUUGCAAGAUUUUAAAAGAGAGAUCUCAUAUAUUAAAGGAAUAUAUGAAAAUAAGAUAUGAAAUGAUAAUGAAUAACUUUAUUAAUAAACCAAAACUAAUUUAGAAGGAGAGGCAAAAAGUGGAAAGAAAAUCUAUUACAGAAAUUUUCCAUACUUCUAUAAAAACAAAAACUUAAGAUAUUAGAUCACAUUCUCCUAAAUCAUUAAGUAUUAUAGAGAUAACAGAAUACAACAACAAAAUAAAUUAAUCAAGAGUAGGUUUUUUAUUUCCAUUUAGGGUGGAUUCAGAAAUUUAAAUAUCUUUCCAUUAGACAAAGAUUCAGUAUUAUCAAUAAGGGAUAGAGUUUGUAGAUAAUUAACCAAAUAAAACAAAAAGAAGCAAAGAGUUUAACCUUAAACAAUGAGAGAAGGAACUCUUUUGUCAUCAACUAUUUCAGACCUAUUCUAAUAAAAUGAUUAGGUUAAAUAGCAUUCGCUUUAUAAAUAGAAUGAUUUAAAGAAAAAUUCCUUUUCAUUUCUUAAUUUAUUUGCAUAAGGAUAGUCUAACAAUAUUCCAACUAAUAAUAGUGAUCAUUUUACUUCAAGAUUAACAACUUAAUAAUCCUAUUUCAGAAUGAAAACGGAAUAAGGAAGAUCUUAAAUCUAAACAUAAACUAGUUUCGAUUAAAAGUAAGAUAGUUCAGUUAAUUUAAGAAAUAAUAGUGUAGAACUAAAUAAAUUACGUUCCAAUAGUCCUCUCAAUUCCAUUCAAUUCUCAGACAGACAUCAAAACAAAAGAAUUCAUAGCUUUAAGAUGAUAGCAAGACCUAAAAAGUAUCCUUAAUUAUUGAAAUAUAAAUUAUUAUGA